AGUAUUGUGAGUAGAGUGAGAAGAUCAAGAUUCAAGAGUGAGAUCGAUGGGACAUCGUUGCUGCAGCAAACAGAAGAUCAAAAGAGGUCUCUGGUCUCCUGAAGAAGAUGACAAGCUCGUCAAAUUCAUUUCCACUCAUGGCCACAAAAGUUGGAGUUCUGUUCCUAAACUUGCAGGUACCACAUGGUUGCAGAGAUGUGGGAAAAGUUGCAGAUUAAGAUGGAUAAACUAUUUGAGACCUGACCUCAAAAGAGGUUCUUUCACUGCCGAUGAAGAACAAACCAUUAUUGACGUUCAUAGGAUUCUGGGAAAUAGAUGGGCUCAGAUAGCGAAGCAUCUACCUGGGAGAACAGACAACGAGGUGAAGAAUUUCUGGAACUCAUGUAUUAAGAAGAAACUCAUUUCUCAGGGCUUCGAUCCGCAAACUCACAAUCUUCUCUCUUCUCAUAGACGAUCCUCUCUUCCUGUUUCUGUUUCUUCUUCCUCUGCCACUAACAGUCAUAACAACAAUGGUUCCAUCUUCAGACUGAUUCAUGAACCUGAGAAUAAUAUCAAUCUUCAACCUUGUAGCUCCAGUGCCGUUUUCUCCAUCGAAUACCAACAACCUAAUAAUGUCUCUAACGGUAAUAAUGUCCUCGAGCCUCAUCAUAAUUUCCCCUUGGAACCAUCCGUUAUUAAUGCAAAUAUUCCUGCAACCAACUUUUCUUCCUGCAUCAUCAAGAACAAUCAUGAUUGCUUAUCUUCAGUUGUUGGGUUGUCUGAGAAUAUUAUUGAGAACCGAUCAUCAUCAGCAUGGGUUUCUCAGGAUGAUAAUGCUGAAACUGAUCAGAUCUUCAGAUCAGCUCAUACAUUGUUAAUGGAAGGAGGAAUUGGUACUGAAGCACACUUGGAACAAGAGAAGGACAAGAGAAGUACUACUUCUACUACAAAUAAUAUUAGUAUUAAUAACAAUAUUGAGCAAGUCAGAGGGGAAGACGAUAAUAAUAAUAAUAUUAAUAUUAAUAUUAAUAUUAAUAAUUGUUUGGAGGGGUCAAGUAAUAACUUCGACUUUGGGUUGUUGGAAGGUGUACUUAACUCUGAAUAUAUGUCUUAUGACGUUCUCUCCUCCAUGGAUGACCUUGCAGCAUGGGACUUUUAGAUCAUGCAGCGCAGUCUUUAAUUUGUCAUAUAUACCUUUUAAUUUUGUUUAUAUUUUUUAUUGUAAUUAACUUCACUCAUCUAUCAACUUGUAAGACAUAUCAAUGUAUCACAUAAGAGGUAUAUAUAAUAAUACUUUAGAGAAAAAUAUUCUUUUGUUAA